CACAGGCAGUCCGAACGUACGUACUGCGGCCAGCCGGCGGCCGGGCGUGUGGCUGUGCGAGUGGGCGUGAGAGGUGGUGACCCGACCUGACCUGACCUGACAGCACCCGAGCCGAGCCCGCCAAACAGGAGGUCUCCGUCCUAGCGUUUGGCGGCUGACCUGUGACGUCACCGAUCUCCAGCACCAGCUACCACCACCAGUGACCAGCCACAGCACUAGCCAUGGCUCCCAAGAAAACCGACCCCGCCGAGGACCCCGACCCCACCCCCUACCUGUACGUGUCCCUGGAGCAGAAGCGGCUCGACCAGAACAAGCCGUUCGACGCUAAGGUGGCCGCCUGGGUGCCGGACAAGGAGGAGGGCUUCGUGCAGGGCAAGAUCGUCGGCACCAAGGGCGACCUGGUCACCGUGGCCAUCCCCGGCGGAGACGAGAAGAGCAUCAAGAAGGAGCAGGUGCAACAGGUGAAUCCGCCCAAGUACGAGAAAUGCGAGGACAUGUCCAACCUGACCUACCUGAACGACGCGUCGGUGCUGCACAACCUCAAACAGCGCUACUUCAUCAAACUCAUCUACACGUAUUCGGGUCUGUUCUGCGUGGCCAUCAAUCCGUACAAGCGGUUCCCGAUCUACACCAACCGAGCCAUCGCCAUCUACAAGGGCAAGAGGCGCAACGAGGUGCCGCCGCACAUCUUCGCCAUCUCGGACGGCGCCUACACGGACAUGAUGAACAACUCGGAGAACCAGUCGAUGCUGAUCACCGGGGAGUCCGGGGCCGGGAAGACGGAAAACACCAAGAAGGUCAUCAUGUACUUUGCGCGGAUUGCGCCGUCCGGCUUCAAACAGCAGUUUGCCUGCGGUGGUAACCUGGAGGACCAGGUCGUCCAGACCAACCCCGUGCUGGAGGCCUUCGGCAACGCCAAGACCGUGCGAAACGACAACUCGUCCCGCUUCGGUAAAUUCAUCCGGAUCCACUUCGGGCCGGCCGGCAAGCUGGCCGGCGCCGACAUCGAGACCUACCUGCUGGAGAAAGCGCGCGUCAUCUCGCAGCAGCCGCUGGAGCGCUCCUACCACAUGUUCUACCAGCUCAUGUCCGGCGCUGUCAAGGGACUCAAAGAGCGGCUGCUGCUCACCCAGGGGAUUCGCGCCUACCGGUUCGUCUCGCAGGGCAAGACCACCAUACCGGGUGUCGAUGACGGCGAGAUGAUGCUGGAGUGCGACGAGGCGUUCGAUAUCCUCGGCUUCACGCAGCAAGAGAAGGAGAACAUUUAUAAGAUCGUGGCCGCUGUGAUGCAUCUGGGUACGAUGAAAUUCAAACAGAGGGGCCGCGAGGAGCAGGCCGAGGCGGACGGCGCAGAAGAGGGCGAGCGCGUGGCCAAGCUGGUCGGCGUCGACGGUCCGACGCUGUACCUGAACCUGUUGAAGCCCAAGAUCAAGGUCGGCAACGAGUUUGUCACCCAGGGCCGCAACAAGGACCAGGUGUACUACUCGGUGGGCGCGCUGGCCAAGGCCAUGUACGACCGCAUGUUCAAGUGGCUGGUCAAGAAGGUCAACCUCACCCUGGACACCAAGCAGAAGCGGCACCGCUUCAUUGGCGUCCUCGACAUCGCCGGCUUCGAGAUCUUCGACUUCAACGGCUUCGAACAGCUGUGCAUCAACUUCACCAACGAGAAGCUGCAGCAGUUCUUCAACCACCACAUGUUCGUGCUGGAGCAGGAGGAGUACAAGCGGGAGGGCAUCAACUGGGUCUUCAUGGACUUCGGCAUGGACCUGCAGGCGUGCAUCGACCUCAUGGAGAAGCCGAUGGGCGUCCUCUCCAUCCUGGAGGAGGAGAGCAUGUUCCCCAAGGCCACCGACAAGACGUUCGAGGAGAAGCUGAAGAACAACCACCUGGGCAAGUCGUCCUGCUUCAUCAAGCCCAAGCCGCCCAAGCAGGGCCAGGCCGAGGCGCACUUCGCCAUCGUGCACUACGCCGGAACGGUGGCGUACAACCUGAUUGGCUGGCUGGAGAAGAACAAGGACCCGCUCAACGACACGGUCGUCGACCAGUUCAAGAAGGGCUCCAACAUGCUGGCGCAGGAGAUUUUCGCCGACCACCCGGGACAGUCGGGCGGCCAGGACGCCGGUGGAAAGGGCGCCAAGCGUCAGAAGGGCUCAGCAUUCCAGACCGUCUCGGCCAUGUAUCGGGAGCAGCUCAACAACCUGAUGGUGACGCUGCGGGCCACGCAGCCGCACUUCAUCCGCUGCAUCAUUCCCAACGAGACCAAAUCGCCCGGUGUGAUCGACUCCCACCUGGUGAUGCACCAGCUCACCUGUAACGGUGUGCUCGAGGGCAUCCGUAUCUGCCGCAAGGGCUUCCCCAACCGCAUGGUCUACGCCGACUUCAAGCACCGUUACCGGAUCCUGGACCCGAAGAAAGUCACGGACGAAUCGGACCCGCGUGACGACUGCGAGCACAUCAUGACGGAUCUGCCGCAGUUCGACAACAUGUACCAGUUCGGACAUACCAAGGUCUUCUUCCGCGCUGGAGUCCUCGGCCAGAUGGAGGAGCUGCGAGACGAGCGGCUCUCAAAGAUCUUCAGCUGGCUCCAGUCGUGGGUGCGCGGCUACUUCACCAGGAAGGAGUUCAAGAAGCUGCAGAAGCAGAGGCUGGCGCUCCAGGUUGUUCAGCGCAACCUGCGCAAGUACAUGCAGCUGCGCAACUGGAUGUGGUUCAAGCUGUGGCAGAAGAUCAAGCCCAUGCUCAACGUCACCCGCAUCGAGGACGAGAUGCGCGCGCUCGAGGCCAAGGCCGAGAAGGCGCUCUCGGCCAUCGAGAAGGAGGAGAAGCUGCGGAAGCAGCUGGACGACCAGAACGCCCGGCUGACCAAGGAGCGCGACGAGCUGCUGUCCGCCCUCGACGAGGAGAAGGGCAGCAUCAGCGACUACCACGCCAAGCAGCAGAAGCUGCAGGCGCAGAAGAAGCAGCUGGAGAAGCAGCUGCAGGAGACCCAGGACCGCCUCUCCGAGGAAGAGGAGGCCCGCGAGGCGUUGAACCAGGCCAAGAAGAAGCUGGACCAGGAGAUGAACCGGAUCAAGAAGGAGCUGGAGGACUACGAGCUGACCAUCCAGAAGGCGGAGCAGGACAAGGCCACCAAGGACCACCAGAUCCGCAACCUGCAGGACGAGGUGGCCCACCAGCAGGAGCUCAUCGCAAAACUCAACAAGGAGAAGAAGCAGCUCCAGGAGAACCAGCAGAAGACCUCGGAGGACCUGCAAUGCCAGGAGGACCGCGUCAACCACCUGAACAAGGUGAAGGCCAAGCUGGAGCGCUCGCUGGACGAGCUGGAGGACUCGGUGGAGCGCGAGAAGAAGCUGCGCGCCGACGUUGAGAAGAACAAGCGGAAGGUCGAGGGCGACCUGAAGCUGACCCAGGAGGCUGUGGCCGACCUGGAGCGCAACAAAAAAGAACUCGAGCAGACCAUCGCGCGCAAGGACAAGGAGAUCGCCUCGCUGUCCGCCAAGCUGGAGGACGAGCAGGCGCUGGUCAACAAGCUGCAGAAGCAGAUCAAGGAGCUGCAGGCGCGCAUCGAGGAGCUCGAGGAAGAGCUGGAGGCAGAGCGGCACGCGCGCGCCAAGGCCGAGAAGCAGCGCUCCGACCUGGCCCGCGAGCUGGAGGAGCUCGGCGAGCGACUGGACGAGGCCGGCGGCGCCACCGCCGCCCAGAUCGAGCUCAACAAGAAGAGGGAGGCCGAGCUGGCCAAGCUGCGCAGGGACAUCGAGGAGCAGAACAUUCAGAACGAGUCGGCGCUGGCGGGAAUGCGCCGACGCCACAACGAUGCCGUGAACGAGAUGUCCGACCAGAUCGACCAGCUCAACAAGAUGAAAGCCAAGGCCGAGAAGGACCGCGAGGCCUCGGCCGCAGAGGUGAUGGACCUCCGCUCCGGGCUGGAUUUCGCCACGACCGAGAAGUCGGCCGCCGAGAAGGCCAACCGUGUGCUCGAGCAGCAGACGGCCGAGGCGUCCGCCAAACUGGACGAGGCCAACCGAGCGCUCAACGACUUCGAGGCCGCCAAAAAGAAACUGGCCAUGGAGAACGCCGACUACACCCGACAGUUGGAGGAGGCCGAACAGAACAUUGCGCAGCUCUCCAAGAUGAAGGUGUCACUGACCACACAGCUCGAGGACACCCGCAAAAUGGCCGACGAGGAGUCGCGCGAAAAGUCUGGAAUUCUGGGCAAAUACCGCGCGCUGGAGCAUGAGAUGGACUGCCUGCGGGAACAGGUGGAGGAAGAGGCGGAGCAUAAGGCCGAGCUACAGCGACAGCUCAGCAAAAUCAACGCCGAGGCGCAGAUGUGGAAGCAGAAGUACGAGCAGGACGGCCUGGCCCGGGUGGAGGAGCUGGACGACCAGCGCAGCAAGCUGGCGCUGCGCCUCCAGGAGGCCGAGGAGCAGCUCGAGUCGCUCAACGCCAAGAACAGCCAGCUGGAGAAGCUGAAGCAGCGCCUGAGCGGCGAGCUCGAGGACAUGCACAUGGAGGUGGACCGGGCCCAGCAGCUGGCGCUGGCCAUGGAGAAGAAGGCCCGCAACUUCGACAAGGUGGUGGCUGAGUGGAAGCUGAAGGUGGAGGACCUCUCCACCGAGCUGGACGCCUCGCAGAAGGAGUGCCGCAACUACAGCACCGAGCUGUUCCGCGUCAAGGCCGCCUACGAGGAGUCGCAGGAGCAGCUCGACUCGAUCCGGCGAGAGAACAAGAACCUCUCCGACGAGAUUAAGGACCUGAUGGACCAGAUCGGCGAGGGCGGCCGCCACAUCCACGAGGCAGAGAAGGCGCGGAAGCGGCUGGAGGUGGAGAAGGAGGAGCUGCAGUCGGCCCUGGAGGAGGCCGAGGCCGCCCUCGAACAGGAGGAAAACAAGGUCCUGCGGGGUCAGCUGGAGCUGCAGCAGGUUCAGCAGGAGACCGAACGACGGGUGGCUGAAAAGGAGGAGGAGUUCGAAAACACACGGAAGACGCACCAGCGCGCCCUGGACUCCAUGCAGGCGUCGCUGGAGGCCGAGGCCAAGGGCCGCGCCGAGGCCAUGCGCAUGAAGAAGAAACUGGAGCAGGAUAUCAACGAGCUGGAGAUCGCGCUGGACCAGGCCAACAAGGCCAACGCCGAGGCGCAGAAGACGAUCCGGCGCUACCAGGCCGAGAUCAUCGAGCUGCAGGCCCGUCUGGAGGAGGAGGUGCGCAUGCGCGACGACCUGCGGGAACAGCUGGGCACCUCGGAGCGGCGCGGCAACGCGCUCAGCGGCGAGCUGGAGGAGAGCCGCACCCUGCUGGAGCAGGCCGAUCGCGCCCGCCGCCAGGCGGAGCUGGACCUCACAGACGGCCAGGACCAGCUCUCCGAACUGCAGGCCAACUACACGGCCGCCACCCUGGCCAAGCGGAAGCUGGAGGGCGAGGUGCAGUCUCUGCACACGGACCUCGACGACAUGCUCAACGAGGCAAAGAGCUCCGAGGAGAAGGCCAAGAAGGCCAUGGUGGACGCCGCCAGGCUGGCUGACGAGCUGCGAGCCGAACAGGAGCACUCCCUCUCGCAGCUCAAACUCUGCAAGAGUCUGGAAGUGCAGAUCAAGGACCUGCAGGCGCGCGUCGAGGACGCCGAGCAGAACGCCAUCAAAGCGAGUCGCAAGAUCAUCGCCAAGCUGGAGGACCGGGUGCGGACUGUGGAGCAGGAGCUGGACAGCGAACAGCGCCGCCACAGCGAGGCCCAGAAGAACCUGCGCAAGACCGAACGGCGCAUCAAGGAGCUCAGCUUCCAGACGGAGGAAGACAAAAAGAACCACCAGCGCAUGCAGGACCUGGUCGACUCGCUGCAGCAGAAGAUCAAGACGUACAAGCGUCAGAUCGAGGAGGCCGAGGAGAUCGCCGCGCUCAAUCUCGCCAAGUUCCGCAAGUCGCAGCAGGAGCUGGAGGAGACCGAGGAGCGCUGCGAGAUGGCCGAGGCCACGCUCUCCAAGUUCCGCGCGCGCGGCGGCCGAGGGAUGUCGCCCAUCCGCGGCCAGAGCCCGAUGCCCAUGUAAACAGCAGACCGACUUCGCACGACCGCCGGUUCCCGCUGGUCCGACCUGUCGGCGGCCCCCAGCCGAGAGAACGGACGACCGGGAGACCGGCCGGCAGACGGACAGACGGACAGACGGACAGACGGACAGACAGACUGCGCGACACGUCACCGCCGGAGAGCCAGCCCCGGCGGUGGCGGCCCGGCGGGAACACAGGACGGCCGCCGCCGGAAACACAGGACGGCCGCCGCCGGAAACACAGGACGGCCGCCGCCGGCAGACGGCCAGGCCGCCGCGCCGGGCUGCCGAGCCGGCUGCGCGGCCAUCGGCGCCACCGACCCACUGUGUGACGCCGCCGACCCACUGUACUGCGAGCCGCUAACGGAAUACACGCUAUCAGAGCUGUG